ACGCAGCGAGAAUUCAAACGGAGGAGACGAGGAUUGUAUCAAGGGUCGCCGGUGCCAUGAGGCGUUCCAGGAGAAAACCCUCCAACCCUCCUUCCCGGAGGGCCCCCUCCACCCCUCCCUCCGGCAGGGGGAGACGCCCCUCCACCCCUCCUUCCCGGGGGUCCCCCUCGACCCCUUCCUCCGGCCCGGGGAGACACCCCGGCACAUCUCCGCGCAGGGGGCGGUCGCCUCAAGCCUCUCCCCGCCGGGCGCCACCCGCAGAACAGGCACGGCGUCCCCGUAGGCGAAGGUACCGACCUGGCCAGCGAGCCAUGCUGGAGAUUCGGAAGUACCAAAAGUCCACCAGCUUGCUCAUCCCGAAGCUGCCCUUUGCCCGCAUGGUGCGUGAGGUCUGCCUAGAUUUCACCCGGGGGGUUGACGUGCUAUGGCAGGGAACGGCCUUGCUUGCUUUGCAGGAGGCCACCGAAGCGUUUCUCGUCUACCUGUUGGAAGAUGCCUACCUCUGUACCAUCCAUGGCAAGCGGGUCACCCUCCAACCCAAGGACAUCCAUUUGGCUCGGCGGAUCCGGGGCAUCCAGGGCGGCUUGGGCUAGCUUCCUGCCUCCAGGGGAGCAGUGAAAAGGCAAUCGGGAGCAUCCCAGAAACUGCAAUGCGCUCAGGGACCUUCAGGCUGGGAGCAGCUGGCCUGGGCCUAAGAACCCCUGUGAGGGGGACAGCGUGGCCUCGGCUCUUUGCCUCCCUCCUUUUUUCUGCCUGCUUCCUGCCCCAACUCUUCCCUGAGGUUACUUAAUGUGGGGUGUGUUGUGGUGGGAGUGUUGCGGCAGGGGGGGGAGGGGCAGAAUAAGAAAGGGGCCCUGUUCAGCUCCAAGUGAAUUGCUUCUAAAGCCCUGUUUUGACUCCCGCGAGGGAGACGUUUGACCUGUGACCCCCUCCAGAUGUUGCGCAGCUGCCGUCGGCCCUGACCAUUGGUGGUGCUGGCUGGAGCUGAUGGCCGUGGGCAGCCACAAGUUCCCCCCUCCUUGCUUUUAAAAUCUCAUGGAAAUUGAGUGGAGUUUUGCCAAAGUUGCUCUCACAAUUUUUACUUAGGCCUCACCGGCACUGUGUGUUUAAAGCAGUAAAAUGCCGCUUUUAACUAGCCCCCCAAGAGACUCGGGAGCUGUAGUUUAGGGGUGCUGAGGGUUGUUAGUAGUUUGGAGUUUGCUUAAUUUUUUAAACAUGAAGUUUUAUCUUAACUGUUCUUGCUGCCAGUGGAUCUCCCCUCUACUCGCUGCCAUGCUUGCCCCACCACUGCAAUUGGAUGCUGUAGCAUGGCUCUUGUCAACCUGGGCCUCUGCGGACAUUUUGGACUAAAGCUCUCAUGCGCCCAAAACCUCUGAAGGGCCUCAGGCCAGCGCCUUCCAUGUCCUGCUGAUAUUCUGCCAUCCAUUUUAUCUCUUCCCGCCUUAUUCUCUCAUUUCACAUCAGAAACGAGAACGUCAUUGGAGGGGAGGAGGAAAUGCUUUAUCUCCAGCCGGACAUGGAGGGAAAGCAAGUUCGCCUCAGGCCUGAUCCCUGCCAAAAACAAGGGAAUGAAAAAUCCUGUCAGAAACCAGAGCGAAUACACACAGGUCCUUUUCUAAACCAACAGUGAAUUCCCGGGCACCAGAGCAGGGAUGGAGGGAGAGACGCAUAAUGAGUGAACCUGUUUUUGUUUUUAAACGUUGCGAGAUGUUUUCCAUCAAAGUAUGAAUAAAGCGGGUGUGGACGCUUGUUAAUAAAUAAAUUGAAAUCUUGUUCACAAAACUAGAUGGUUUGACUGCUGCAUGGGAUGUAUAUUCACCAGUACUGAGCGCUUGACUGCUAUCAGCUUCGUGAUAGAUUUUCUACAUGCAUGCAUUAGGUAACAUCACAUCCCAAGCAUGCAGCUGUUUGAUUGCCAAAGAACUAUAUAAUGCUUUGGCAAACACAAAUGACACUGGCGCUGGGAGAGUAGUGUUUGAUGUGAACAGGCACGUCUGAUUGCUAGACAUUAAGCCAUUUCAUUCUACUUAGUUCAGGAAGCUGUUGUGACUCUUCAUCAAACUGGUUGUUGUCAUUUCUGGAUGAGCUGUGCAAUGAAUUUUCAUGUCCAGCUGAGAAAUAAUCUCUGCAAU